CACCGCCGCUGCUACCCUCUUCGCCGAGAGCGACACCUGUCGAUCUUUCUACACGGGCGAAGCUGCGAUCGCCGUCACGCCACCGGUCUUUGAUAUCCUCGUGGUUGAAGGGGGUCGACCGCGAACAUCGCCAACCGAGCCAUCAGCAGAAAGCAGUCCAAGUCACGACCCGGACGCUGCACAUGCCGCUCGAGAGCUUUGAGAACACGCAGUUUGCCGAGCACCCGCGUAGCGGCGUGGCAGCAGAAGGAGCGGGAGCGGGACGCUUGGCAGCAGGAUUGCUGUGCCUGGAAAGACAAAUACCGGAUCAGAUUCUCAGGGGGCUGGAGGAGCUCGCGGACAACGCCACCCCUUUCAAGGUCGAGGUGCUACGUCCUGGCAGCAGGCGGGGUGACUCUGACGACGCCGACAACGAAGGAGAUGGUUGGCUAGACAAUUUAGUAGCAAGCAUCGGCAACAGCAGUUCUUCUUCAAACGCCGGUGGAAGAGACAACGCGGGCGAGGAACCGCGAUCAGAAAACUUGGCAAGAAGAAGAAUACAGGGCGAAAUACUCCAAGAUGACGCGAGUCCCCUCCACCCGAAACUGCCGAACCUACAGCAGCAGCUCGACGUCAAGGCUCAGGCAGCCGCGCGCUGGCUAAAGGCGGACAUCAAACGCGUGGCGAGGAUCUUCGCCCGAGAGAUUUCCGUUCUAUCUGACGAACCUGGCGAAACUUCUCUGCUCGGCAUUGCCACGGAACCGUUGGCGAGGAAGGACAAAAGAACCGUCGACGUGACGGUGAAGCUAGAGUUGUUGACGCGGGGAAAGUGCCCACGGUUCCAUCUUGACAAGGUGCCGAUACGACUGAUCUGCACGUACGUAGGGCCAAGCACCGAAUGGCUGGACGUCUACGACAAAUGGGAGAUGGAGAACAACAAGAGUAUGCCCCCGGCGUGCAACUUGAAAAUCAGCGGGGGGCGGGAGGCUCGACGCGCAAGGCCGGGGGAUGUCCUUAUUUUCAGGGGGAAGCCGCAAGACGGUUUGGCAAAAGGCGGCGGCAGCGGGGCGUUCGCCGUCGCCCACCGAUCUCCGGAUACCGUCGAAGGCCAGAGGAGACUGCUGCUGACGAUGGAUGCCGGCGAAUUAGUAACCACCAAGGCUCCCGUGUCUCUCGCUUGA